UAAUUACAAUCGUUAAAAAGUCUUACUUAGUCGAUAACAUCUUAAAAAGUGCAGCAAACUCAGGAAUGUCCCUUUAAAACUACAAAAAGAUGCAAAGAAAUGUAAAACAUUGUAAACAAAUCAACAACAGUGUCAUCUUCCGAACGGAAAUAUUCAAACUUGUUAUAUAUUAUCUUCACAAGAGUGGUAAAUAAUCAAUAAUUUACCAUUUCUGUGUACAAAAGACCCGACUUUAUCAUAGUUUCAAUAUAGAAUCUUACAUGGAAUAAUAACAACAAACACCUUUCUUUAUGAAAUAAAAUAUAUAGAAACAAAUAUUUGUGACUUUUGCCAUACACUUUUAAACAUUAUAAAAUACAGAAUACAAACUAAAAAUAUAUAAUUUACAAAACAAAAAAUGUCAUUUUAAAGAAUAUGAAGAAUGUUAGGCACCUUGGUUAAUAUUCCUGGAAACAAGACAUAACAAUAUAUUGUUCUAGAGGUAUUUACUACAAUACACAAUUUAAUAUUUUCUAUUUUAAAAUCUUAUCUUAACAUUCCUAACUACCCUGAAACAACUAUAUAUGAUUCUGCGGUUGAUAAUUACACACCUGUGUAAGAUAUUGCUAAUGUCAUAACAAUCACUCAGUAUCUAACUAGUGUAAUAUUGGCGUGACGUGAGCGUGACGUAUAUCACUUACUGACCCAAUACGUAGAAAAGUAAGAUCUCAACAUCUGCUUACUUCUGCAAUGCGGCUUGCUUGCAGUUGGUUUGUAAUAAAUGAAAUACUAAACUAGCUUACCAUUUUUAUAAGCCCUACCACAAUCAAACUUUUUAAUCUGUAUUCAAGCACAGGCGGUCCCUUCUCCCACGCAACCUAACCCUUUUCCUGUCCUGGACGGAGAAGCCAGCCAAGGCCGGCAACUGCGCCCAUGACAGGCGUGCGUUACAACACCUUUUGAAUGUGCACGUAAAACUUCAUAACCUGACCCGACCUUCACACACAGUAUUUACUAGUUAUUGAACACGGAAUUAGCGACAUUCGUUGAAUCUAUUUUUGCUGAACCUAAUAAUAAUAAUUAAUAUAAUUGAUAUAUUUUCAGAUAAAACCCCAAACCACACUAUGAAAGGAGACUGGACUGAUAGAUUAAACGACUUCUGGUCUGUACUCCUCAUCAGCGCAUGCGCAGUCGUUUCCUUUGUGGUCCGCAUGCUCCCGUCGAUGUCAGCCCGGUGUUUUUGUCCGGACCAGUUUGAAGAUUCACAAGUUUCAUAUGCACAGGCUACGCAACAAAAUUCUGAGACGUACUACCUUCCAAACUCAGAUCAGACAUUUGGGAUCCCCAGUAAACAGAAUGCGUCAUACCAUCACUGGAUUCCGAUCAUCCUCUUCCUGCAGGCCUUGGCUUUCAAGAUCCCACAGUCGCUGAUCUCAUUAGUGGCAUCUUUCGUACCUUCAGCACGUAUAUUCGACACAUACCUAAUUCCGCAUAACCCAAAUCGACCAAACACCGCAAAUGAUGAACUUACCAACAGAACGGCAAGACUCUUGGCAGAAUUCUUAUCCAGUAACAAUAUCUUGACCACGUGUAUGGAAAUUUGCAAAAAGAUUCUAUUCUGUACUAAUCUGAUCGCGCAGCUAGUCUUCCUUCAAACGUUCUUUAAUUCUGGCCGCCACAUCGUCCCAGAAAAUGUAGGAAACAAGAUGGUUGUUCCUACUCUUCCGAGAGGAUCGAUUUUACACGAUUUUGCUAUUCAACAUCUUCAGAAUGUCCAAAGAUACACAGUGCAAUGUUUCAUGCCGGCCAACGAAGUAUACGACAAGAUAUUUGUGUUUCUAUGGUACUGGGUCCUCCUGGUGGCUAUCUUGUCCUUUAUCAACACGGCAUUGUGGGUAUUCCACAUCUUCAUACCAGCAAUGUCCCGAAACAAGGUCAAGAUGUACCUAAAGAGUGUGGUUAUAGCUGCACCUGAACGUGACUUGGGCGACUUUGUUAGCAGCUUCCUUGGAUGGGACGGCUCACAUCUCCUUCAUCUACUGUCUGUCAACGGAUUCGAGUUGCAGGCUGCUGGACUAACUCACCAACUCUGGAUCAUAUACCAGGAAAAACUGAAGCAGUCUACUGGUGCUACUUUAGGACAGUUGGACACCAAGAACAGUGGAGCAGCUCUGGACUUCUCCGCAGAAUCGCCGCUAGUGCCAGUGUGUCCCGAAAACACGCCUGUAAUCUCCACAGAGAAACCUUCUGCUGCCAAUGUCAGUUCCAGGGAGAUGUAUUCGUCUGAUGGAAUAGCUGAGUAAAACCCCAAAUCACACUAUGAAAGGAGACUGGAUUGAUAGAUUAAACAACUUCUGGUCUGUACUCCUCCUCAGUGCAUGCGCAGUCGUUUCCUUUGUGGUCCGUAUGCUCCCGUUGAUGUCAG